ACGCGAAAUUUCUCUUCGGGAAGGACGACCUCGACGAUGCGUGUAGAAGAGCAACUGGUAAGCACAGGAUGCAAUGUGACAGUACUUCUCCGAGCGUACUUAGACGAGGACUUGCCGGCGAGUGAGCGCAGACAACGAGCCAGGGAUUUGAUCCACGAGCGUAGAGCUGAUGUACUGGCGCGAGUGACCUUCCAGACCUCGAUUACUUAUGAUGUGAUGAUAUGGUCUCAUGGUUAUAUGCGCGCGGAGCACUACCAGGAUGAGACGGUAGAGGAGGCUAGAGCAAGGCAGCGCGACGAGUCGUGGGGAUGGUACAACCGAGGGGACCGACGCGAUGAGUCACGAGGACGAUAUGACUCGGGGAACCGCCAGAAUGAUUCACGAGGGCGGUAUGAGCAAGGAGGGUCUGGAGGAGACCGGCGCAACGAUUCGCGCGGUCGGAAUGAGAGAGGGGGAUAUGGCGUCUCAUCAGAGCCAUAUUCAAAGUCGCCUGACCCCAAGGCGGCCAGGAAUUCGAUCUCUAGAGGUGCAGACGACAGGGCAUCUACUCCCAGGAACUCAUGCGUCUACUGUAGAGGAGAAGAUCAUAUCAAGAGGGAUUGCCCGGACCUCAAACGGGCAAUAGAAGAGAGACUUGUCGUGCUUGACGACCGUAAGUACGUCAAGUGGGCAGAUGAUCUCGAAGAUGUAUCGAUGUUCCCUUCGAUGAAGGAGAAUGUCGAAGCAAGGAGAAUAAGGACGAGUAAAGGAAUGGAGCCGGUCAGGAGCCAGAGCAUCAAGAUAACCUUUGAGGGGGACAUGGCGACCACACCCAUAAGGGUGGGAGCCACCAAGUCGGCGAGAGCGUUUACAUCRAAAAAAACUGACACGGAUUACGUGAUGGCGGAGAAGGACGGGCAGCGGGUCGAUGGAGAGGAGGUUAUCCUUUCACCGCGAAAGCGGGGAGUGAAGAAGUUCUUAAUGAAGAGUUCGCUGGACGAGAUUGACACGGUCGAGCCACUGAGGCGGGCCCUUCGGCAACCCAUGCAGUGCUCUAUUCUGGAGUACCUGGCUGCAUUGAAGCCGGAUCGUGAUGAGUUACAGAUGAUCACGCGGAAGACUCGCAUACCUCUAUCGGAGGAGGGUCAGGGGGACCCUAAGACGGAAGCUUCUACAGUAGCAGUAACGGGGGUGACUGCCAGAGCGGAUCGCAUGGCGACCGUCCUUCUCGAUGGAAUGGAAGGUGUGCCUCCAAACAAGUUUUAUAUACUUGGUAGCGGAGCCGUGGAGACGAUUAUAAACGAUGGAGCGGUACUCGAUGCUGUGAUUGAUAACGGCAGUGAGGCUGUCAUCAUAGACGAGGACCUAGCGGUACAAGUUGGACUGGGCCUCGAUAGGUCAUACCUAUUCGAGAUAGAGACGGCUGAUGGGAGAAAGCAACGGAUCACUGGAGUUUGUCACAAGGCAGCCAUAGAGGUCCAAGGGGUAUGAGUGACCCUGCCUGUCUUUGCAGUCAAGAACUGCAGCUCCGACCUGCUCUUGGGUCGAACGUGGCUGAGCCACGUGCAUGC